CUCUCUCUUACCUCUCCCACCUCCCACCCCUCCCCGCUGCAGCCCGCGCACCCGGCUGUGUGGGCUUUUCACGGCGGAGACCUGUCCUCGCCCUCCCCCUUCACUUACACCUCCUUCAGUUUAUCAAAUAUUCGUCUCUGUGUUUUCCUUUCAAUGGCCGUCCGUGGCGUGAUUCGCGUUCAGCAGCGCAAUAGUUAAUGAGUGCCGGAUGCGCCCUCACUCCAGCAGACCGCUACAGUACGAAGAUGGCGUCGGAGGGAGCCAGCGGAGAGCAGCCUCCUCCGGUACAAACACUGGCAACCGCCGUGCUGGGAAGUGUCGACACGAAAUGUGAGUUCAACAUGGAUAACCUGAGCAAGCCAGAGCUGCUCACCCUGCUGAGUAUCAUGGAGGGAGAGCUGGAGGCCCGAGACCUGGUCAUAGAGGCCUUGAGGGCUCAGAGGAAGGAGGUGUUUCUCCAGGAGCGAUACGGCCACUACAGCCUGACUGACCCCUUUCUGGCGCUUCAGAGGGACUUCGAAUGUGGGGUCCCUGGAGGAGAUGCGGAGCGACGGCCCCUGGGCUCCAGCCCCAUCUCUGUCCUGGAGGCCGUCAUGGCGCACUGCAGGAAGAUGCAGGAGCGUAUGUCGGCUCAGCUGGCCGCCGCCGAGAGCCGGCAGAAGAGGCUGGAGAUGGAGAAACUGCAGCUCCAGAGUCUGGAGCAGGAGCACCGCAAGCUGACGGCGCAGCUGAAGGACGAGCGCGAGAAGAACAAGCACAUCGUCAUGAUGCUGGUGCGAGAGUGCAAGCAGCUCGCCACGCGGGUGGUGGAGGAGUCGCAGCGCUUCGACGAGCUCCAGGCCCGCCUGGACGAGGAGAGCCGCACCUCCGGCCGGCUGCAGGAGGAGCUGAGCACCGAGCGGCAGCGCAGCCAACAGAUGGAGGCCAAGAUGGAGAAACAGCUGUCGGAGUUCGACACAGAGCGGGAACAGCUGCGCGCCAGGCUGGGCCGCGAGGAGGCCGAGAGCCAGAGUCUGCGGCAGCAGGUGGAGCAGCUCAGGACUGAACGGGGCGACGGGAAGGAUGCUGCUGUCGCCCAGCCUGCUGCUGCUGGAGCAGAACCUGCUGCUGCCGCCGGCGCUCCGCCCAAACCUAAAGCUCUGACGUCCGUUUCCGUAGCCACAGAGCCCAUCAGCUCUCGAACGACGUCUUGCCAAACGGACCUGCCCCCUGCUGAGGUGGAGGGCCCCAAGAAGACCCCCCUCACUAUACCCGUCAAACCAACCCCUUCCAACUAUGUGGGCCUGAGCCUGCCAAAGACGUCUGGCCGGGGGAUCGUCCACAGCAGCUCAGGAGGACUGGCACAGACAGAGAAUGGCUCAGAGGGCCAAGCCCCCCACGGCUUACCCAGCGGGGUCAGCCCCCGUGUCCAGGCGGCCCGCUACAAGUUCCAGGAACAGGACCAAAACGGCACGGCGUCCCAGAGUCCUCCAGCCCGUGACCUCUCCCCCACCAACCGUGACAACUUUGCCGCCAAGCAGCAAGCCCGUCACACCGUCACGCAGGUUCUCUCGCGCUUCACCAGCCCUCCAACGGGAGGCGCCGGACCCCUGCGUCCAGGCCUGCCCCACUCCGCCUCGGAGGGAGGCCCUUUUCCCGGCCGCCUGAGCCACCCCAUCGGCCUGAAGUCGCCCACGGUGGCCAGGAUCGACCGGGGAAACCCUCCCCCUAUCCCUCCCAAAAAGCCAGGGCUUUCCCAGACCCCCUCUCCUCCUCACCCACCCAUCAAGGUGGUGGGGGGGGACAGCAGCCGCUCCCCCGGGGCCGGGCUGAAACCGGCCACGCCCCAGCUGCCGCCCAAACCCGCCCUGGACCUGGUCCCAGCCCUGACGGCCUCUCAGGUGGGUGCCUGCCCCCCCUCCCGCUCCCCGGGGCCCGGCCGGGGCCCUCAGCGGCAGCCGGCAGCAGCAUGUGCAGAGUGCCCCCCCAUCAUCAGCCCCGCCACCGCUGUCAGUAGCCCCUCCUCCAUAAACCCCCCCUCCACCUCCUCCUCCUCCGUUAGCGCUCCAUCCUCCCGUAGCCCCCGUGCCUCAGCAGGCAGCCCCCUGGCAACAGCAUCAGGCUGGUGUCCCUCCGUAGUCUCCUCACUAAGUGGCGGUGGGCCUGCUGCCCUGGACGGCGGGCGCCCCCUGCUCCUCCAAGCUGCUUCCCAGGGAAAUGUCACUUUAUUGUCAAUGCUGCUUAACCAACCAGACCCGACCACCAACACCACUUCUUCUACUUCUACCACCACCUCCUCCACGUCCACCACCAUCACCUCUACCACCGCCAUGGAGAACAACAAGCCCACUCACCUUGACCAAGACCACCACCUCUACCACAACCACAACCAAACCUCUGCCUUGUUUGCUGCUGCUCAGAACGGACACACAGAGUGUGUGAAGCUGCUGCUGUUUUCGGGAUCGCCUGCUGACGUUUUGGACGAAAAUGGAUUCACGUCUUUACACUUUGCUGCCGCCCACGGCCACAGCGGCUGUGUGGAGGCGCUGCUGGCUGCAGGAGCUGCUGUGGAUGUGGCGGCGUCAGAGGGGGGACAGACCCCCCUCUUUCUGGCCUGUGAGGCAGGACGAUUGGACUGUGUCCGGGUCCUGCUGAGCGCCGGAGCCGAUCGCUCGCGCACCACCUCGGAUGGCUGCACGCCUCUCCACGCAGCGGUGCGUUCAGGACACGUGGACACGCUGCGUCUCCUCCUCUGCCACCCGCCCCAGGGUGACCCCACUUUGGACCCCCGGCCCUCGGGCACCCUGGCGCUGCCCGCUGCCCUGCUGAACCAGGCCAACAGUGACGGCUGGACGGCUGCACACAUGGCUGCCGCCCUGGGCCUCAAGGAGUGUCUGGAGGUGCUGUGCAGCCACAGUGAGCAGGACAUCGAGAGGAGAGAUAAGUGUAAUCGCACCAUUCAUGACGUGGCGACCGAUGACUGCAAAGAUCUACUUGAAAACCUCUACUCGUACCGGGUCCUGGUUCGUCUCCAGUGCUCAGGCGGAGGAGGAGCAGGGUCUAUGUGUCCCGUGGAGGCCCUGGAGGAGGAGGCGAAAGGAGGCGCCGGCAGCCAGUUGCUGCUGUGCAGAGUGUCGGUGGACCGGUCGAUGCGCUGGGCUCAGCUGGGCUCCGCCCUCAGCCACGCCUUCACCUCCCACCUCCAGAUCCUCUGCGGAGACUCCCAGACAGUGAGAGAGGAGGCGCAGCGCCCCCCAUUAGGCCUCGGUCCUGCCAGUAUCGCCUCCAUUCUUAUCGGAGAUACCGAGUGGUUGCCAGGUCAGGAGCUGCCUUUAUCCCCCUGGGACCUGGUCAGAAAGCCUCUCAGCCAGUGCAUCACCAUCCGCCUCAAAGGUCUGUCUGAGUCGUGUCUCGAUGAGUUGGCUCUGGAGUCUCUCUUCCCUCUGCCGCUGCUGCACAACUACGUCCGCCUGGUGGAACAAUAUGGCAGCCUCAUCUUUCACGGGCUGGAGGGCAGCUGUCAGGAGUACAUCGCCAAUCUGGUUGCUCGCUGCAUCAAGUCCAAGCAGGAGGCAGGGGGGCUCGGCUGUGACGUGGUGAGGGUGGAGGUGGAGGAGAGCCUGACCAAAGAGCUGCUGCUGGAGACGUUCAUCAGCUGUGGUUUCCUGGUGCCGGCGGUGGGUUUGGGGGUCGGGGUACUGCCUGGUCACACCGGCCGCUGUGUGGUGGUCCUCCUGGAGGGACUGGAGAAGGCUUCGUCUCUAACAGGCCUGCUGGGAGACCUCUGCCACAGUCUGGACAACAGGGGCUCGACUUCACCGCUGGUCCUCAACACCGGUCCGCAUUAUUUCUGCGAGGGCAGUUUCCUGAUCGCCACAUUGUCGAAGUCCCGGCUCCAGGGAUCGGAGCUCCGUCUCCAGCAACAUUUCCGCUGGGUGACGCUUCGCUGGGACCAGGAGCCGCUGCACGGCCUGCUGGGAAGGCACCUCCGCAGGAAGCUGCUCUGUAAGAUGGGGACCGGUGUUUGGACACCGGAUGGCGUCAUGGAGCAGUCGGUGCUGUGGGUGAGCCAGGUUUGGCAGCAGCUCAACGCCUGUCUGUCCCGUCUGGGGACCCAUGAGGCUUUGCUCGGCCCACAGCUCUUCCUGUCCUGCCCCGUGGUUCCGAACAACACACAGGCAGUUGUCAGGUGGUUGGCUCGGCUCUGGAACGCCGUGGUCGUCCCCCGUGUGGAAGAAGCCAUCAUCUCCCGGGUAACAGCCAAGCGUUCCUCCUCCAAUAAUACCACCGCUACCUCCUCACCGUCGUCGCAGCGACCGUCUCCUAGCAACUGCGGGCUGAGUGCUGGGCAGCAGGCCGUGGUGAAAGCCGCUCUCAGCAUCCUGGUCAACAAGGCCGUUCUCCUGGACUGCCCUCUGCCUCGACAUGAAAUCGACAGGUACCUGCUGGAGUUUCGGGGUGGGACCUUGCCUCUGUCGGCCAUCGGCUCCUACAAAGGAAGCGGCAGCAGUGGUGGCGGCGGCGGAAGUGGAGGGGGAGGCAGGAAGGGACGGGAUGGCGGCAAGUUGAGACGAUCCAACACCAGCCCUCGGAAGAAGGGAAGCCCCGCCUUGAACUGGAGCUGCGGCGGUUCCUUCAGAGAGGGGUCACUGUCCAGCACUGAUGUCAGCUUCAUCGCCAAUGGGAAAGUCCAGAGGGGGGAGCCUGUUGGUCUGUCUGUUUUCUCUGAUGACGAGACAGAUCUGAUCAGGGAGCUACAGACCAUGUGCUCCAGCAAGUCUGAGCCAGACAUCAGCAAGAUCUCUCAGGCCAAAGACGACUUGAUCCUGUUCUCCAGCAGCGAAGUGUCGCCCUCCGACAAGGCCGAGCAGGAAACUGCCGUUCAGCAGAGACCACAGACGACCGUCGUCCGUCAGUCCAGCCGCGGUUCCGCCCAGGCCGCCGUCCAGACGGGUGACCGGCGCUCAGGGCCUCGCACCAAAUCGCAGCUCCCGGUCCCCAGCAAGGGGCAGCAGACACGAGCGCCCACCACCACUGUCAACAACAACAACAACAACGGCGGGGGCGGUAGCAGCAGCCCGAUCCGAACCCAAACGCCUCCGAGCCGCAGCAGAACCACCACCACCACCACCACCAACAGCAGCAGCAGCAGCAGCAGCAGCAGCAGAACAAAGCAGGCUCCACCCAACAGCAGCAGCAACAACAACUACUACCGCAACAACAUCAACGACAACAACCAAUCACACGAGGACAUCUGGAUCCUCCACAGAGACCUGCAUGAAAACAACAAGUAGACAUCUUCCUCCUCCCUCCUCCUCGUCCUCCUUCCCAUGAUUCCGCUGUGAACCUCCCUCCACGAUGUAAAGACUAGGUACCUGACGACCUUUGACUUUUAGUAUUUGUACUUGUUAUCCGUACUUGUUACACUGUACUACAGUUGUGUACUUGGGGACCAUAGUUUUAUUCUAUUACAGUAUUUGAAGUAUUUGAUCGUUCUGGGGGGAUUUUGGGAAAAAUAAAAGAGGGUUUGGUAAGAAUUUAAAAAACAGCAGAAGUUAAAGUAAUGCAGCAGGUUACUUUACUGUCGCCUUAUUCCAGCAUCUCAACCUGCAGUAUUCAAGAAUUUACUGAAGCAAAGAGUCGAGAUAUAAAGUAUUUGACUGCCUCAAAGAGUCCUGGCACAGUAUUUUUUGUGUACUUAAAGUGAAAUACUGUACCUCUCCUCUGGUAUAAGGCCAUUGAAGAGUAACUGAAAGUAUUUACAGGUGUUACUUUUAAGUGAAAAAAGUGUUUUCGGAUCAAAGAAAGAAACGAGCAGGUUUUUAUUUUCUUUCUUUCGUUGUUUCUUUUUUUUUUGCUAUUAAGUAUUUUGAGAUAUUCAAGUGUUUUAUCUUUAAAUAGUUGCAAGGUUGGUUUAAAUACUGUUGGAAAUUAAUCAGGGUUUUACCAAAUAUAUUUGUAAAUAAGAAUUAGUACGUUUAAAAUGCUCUAUAGAUUGGUGUACGUGGUAUGACGCUUGUACAGUGACGAAACCUUAAAGCAAAACUGCUGAAACAAAAAAAGAAACUUGUACAUAGUGUUUGUAAAAUGAGUUUGGUUCUGAACCCUUACACUUGUUUCAGAGUGAAGGGGAUGUGGCAAUAAGUAAUAGAACUGUAUAAACACAGGAUUGUCCUCUGUCAACUGUAAGCCAUAAUAAAUAUUUUAAAUCAUUUUCCCUGAGUCAUGUUCAAUUUAACCCCAGCUGAGCCCUACAGUGUAAUUCACUUUUCUUUUUUUGCUUUCCAUUAUCACUGUGUUCUUCGUCUGUUUUUGUUUUUAAAAAGGACAAGUUUUAUUUUAAGCAGACAUUGUUUAUAUAUAUAUAUAUAUAAAUAUAAAUAUAUACAUAAUGUACAGGAGAGAUUUUAGUCAACCUAUGAUUUGGAUCUGUAUGAUAGCUGUUUGAGGUUUAAAGAAUUGUCUUUCAAGCACAAACAUUAAUUAAAAUGGCACUGUCAAAAAUCCCCA